AUGUUCCACCUUCACGCGCGCCAAGCUCUUCGUGAAGAGGUCGGCGGGCAUGUCUUCUGUGCGACGGUAGAGCAGGAUGAUGAUGGCGGAGUCGACGGCCUCACGCAGGAAGUGGUAGCGGAUGUCGAUGUGUUUCGUGCGGGCGUGGUACGCGUUGUUACAAAGCUCCUCUCUGAGGAACACGCGGACGACUUCCGCCUCUACCUUUACCGAUCACGUGACAAUGACAUCACAGAGCCUAGACUGACCAUGUGA